GACACCGUUAAUGUUUGUCGUCGCAAGUCUCCGUGACACAUUCAUCGAGAAAGUGUUCAUUUUGAAAAGCAAAAAAUACCAAGCCGACACACAACACGCUAAAAUUAUUGUGCUUGCGUAGUUAUUAAAAAAAUAUUGCGAAAUUAAUCUAAAAUAAUUAAAGAAAUUAUUGACAAAGCAUUUAUUACAAGCACAAAUAGCGGCUUUAUUAUUUAAUAUUUCAAUACAGUUGACGCAAGCUAAAAUAAACAAACAAAAAUGGCCGAUAAUGAUGAUCUUUUAGAUUACGAGGAUGAGGAACAAACCGAGACCACCGUUGCCGAAACACAAGAGGCACCUAAAAAGGAUGUUAAAGGUACCUACGUAUCUAUACACAGUUCUGGUUUCCGUGAUUUCCUCUUAAAGCCUGAAAUUCUAAGAGCUAUUGUUGAUUGUGGUUUUGAGCAUCCCUCGGAAGUACAACAUGAAUGUAUUCCCCAGGCUGUUCUAGGCAUGGACAUUCUCUGCCAGGCUAAAUCUGGUAUGGGUAAAACUGCAGUAUUUGUGCUUGCCACAUUGCAACAGCUGGAACCCACUGAGAAUGUUGUUUAUGUUCUAGUCAUGUGUCACACUCGCGAACUUGCAUUCCAAAUUAGUAAGGAAUACGAACGUUUUUCCAAAUAUAUGCCAACAGUUAAGGUUGGAGUUUUCUUUGGUGGCUUAUCCAUACAAAAAGAUGAAGAAUCUUUGAAAAAUGUUACACCUCAUAUUGUUGUCGGUACCCCUGGUCGUAUUUUGGCUUUGAUUCGCAAUAAGAAGUUGAACUUGAAGCAUUUGAAACAUUUUAUUCUGGAUGAAUGUGAUAAAAUGUUGGAACAACUUGAUAUGCGUCGCGAUGUUCAGGAGAUAUUCCGCAGUACACCACAUGGAAAACAAGUUAUGAUGUUUUCCGCUACUCUAAGCAAAGAAAUUCGACCGGUUUGCAAAAAAUUCAUGCAAGAUCCCAUGGAAGUGUAUGUCGAUGACGAAGCCAAGUUGACGUUGCAUGGUCUGCAACAGCAUUAUGUUAAGUUGAAGGAAAAUGAAAAGAACAAAAAACUAUUUGAACUUUUGGAUGUACUAGAGUUUAAUCAAGUCGUUAUUUUCGUUAAAUCUGUGCAACGUUGCAUGGCUUUGGCACAAUUGCUAACAGAACAAAAUUUCCCUGCUAUUGGUAUUCAUCGUGGUAUGACACAGGAGGAGCGUUUAAAUCGUUACCAACAAUUCAAGGAUUUCCAAAAGCGUAUACUAGUGGCCACCAAUUUGUUCGGUCGUGGUAUGGAUAUUGAACGUGUCAAUAUUGUCUUCAACUAUGACAUGCCCGAGGACUCCGACACCUAUUUGCAUCGUGUGGCCCGUGCUGGUCGUUUUGGUACCAAGGGUUUGGCCAUUACCUUUGUUUCGGAUGAGGCUGAUGCCAAGAUUUUAAAUGAAGUCCAGGACAGAUUUGAUGUUAAUAUUACCGAAUUGCCCGAUGAAAUCGAUCUGUCAUCUUACAUUGAGGGCCGAUAAAUUUUUAGCAAUUAAGUGAUAGCUGCCAAUCUUACUUAUUCUAAUAACAAUUAAACAAAUUUUCCAGAAAUGAACCGGUGGAUAUAUGGCAGUUUAUGAAUGUAAACAAUUAUUAAAACUAAUUUGAUUUACAACACCCUGAAGAAAUUAUCAAUAAAAAUAUUCAACACCAAGAAUAACAACAAUAAUACCAUACUCACCCAA